AUGAAAGCCUUUGGACACCCGCGGGAUUUUCAGUUGACGUUCAGCCCUAAUUUACCAUCUCAUAGCCGAGGGUUCACGGCUCCGUCUGUCAUUGGCAGUAGGCUGUUCCUUUCCAUUGCCGGUCACCCAGGAGAGUUUCUACCCAGUGUCCUUGAAGCCAGUAACAAAAAAGAAAUGCUUCACUAUCGUUGGAAGGAUCAUCGAAAUUCCGUCGGGUGCGAGUUAAACGAGGCAACUCAAAAAGUAGCCCCAAAGAAGAUAAUGAAACAACUCAACUCAGGACGGAAUCUCCAAUCUGAUGUCAAAAAAAGCCAUUCCGCUGCCGACGGACCCAGCAAAUACAUCAUGUUAGAUCCAGCUAAAACCUCUACAGGUGGCUGCACAUGGCUUGAACCACCACCUCUUUCAAAGUCCGAAGGUGGCCCAAUCCUCCUGUUGCAGCAGCACGUACCACCGACGGAGGAUCAGGCUAGCCAGUCGCACAAUUUGCGCCCUCGUCUCGACACCAUAGUGCAACCCAGUAUUUCUUGUAAAAAUCCUUCGCACGUGUGCGUUUAUGAAGACGACUUUUGCCAAUACAAUAGGUCCAAUCAAAAGACCACAAGCCUCCAGGAAGCCUUCCGGUUGAGAAUGCAGCCUUUCAUCACUCGCUCAGAGGCACGUCAGCGCUAUAUCAAGCUGAACGCCCAAGAACGGAGGAUUCGGGCAGAGUAUCAUAAGGGGAGAGCACCUCUCAAUCGCAACGUCCUCCCUCCCAACGAGGAGCUUCAAUUGAGGAGAAAUGCACCGGAUCCCCUUCCCCCUUGUCCACUGAAUGCUUUAACGUCAUGGAAUGAAACUCAAUAUGGCUUUGGUACCAACACAAUGCAGGGUGGAACUGUGCAGUACACUUUGGAGUACACCUUUAUUCCCAUAAGGAUGAGACGUGAAGCAGUUGGUUAG